AUGUUGGACGUGGGUAGCCGCGCCUGCGCUGAGCGCCCUAGGCCCGACGGGGCGGCGCGGGGGCGCGCCGAGUUUUUGUCGAACCCCGACGGCUCGUCGGAAGCCGAGCGGCCGCCGGGCCAGCGCCCAGUGCACCUCCGGCGAGCCGCAGGGCGGCGUGGCAGCAGCGGGGGCGCGCAGCUCCCGUGCCGGGGCAGCGCAGGCGUCCUGCGUCUGCGGGACCCGCCUGCCGAGCACGCGGGUGCGGAGUGCCCAUCGGGGACAGCGCUGAAUUGGGAGCCAUGCGCAGCCGACCCGGGUGCGCGCGGCAGGGCUAGGCAGGGGUACACGUCGUCUCUCGAGAAUGGAUCGAGCCCCCGGACGUCUGGGGGGCAGGUGCUGUCCGUCCUGGAGGCCGAGCCCGGGAACGCCGUGGACGUCUUUCUGUACGCGCCCGCCCCCAACGCGGCAGGAGUCGCGCGCGUCGCGCCGCUCUUCGGGUCGCAGUCGGCGGUGCGCGCGGCGCGGUUCGACGACGAGGGCCACGUGCUGGAGGCGCUGGCGCGGAUCGGCAAGGCGCUCGGAGGCCACUGGGGUGCCACAGCGGGCUGA